AACUGUCUUAAAAGCAUGAAAAAUGUCCGAAGGAAUAUGGCAAAGAACUAGUUUUCAUCAUUACUUUUAUAAAAUAAAAAAAAAGCUCUGUAUCCCUUUAUUCCUUUUGCUUUUCCCUCGGUAUCAUUCUUUUGCUUUUCUCAAUAAUUUUCCCAUUAUUAUUUCCACAAACUUGUAUUCUUCACACUAGUGAUCUUAUUUACAAUAACACACACAAACACACACAAGCCUAUCAUGGAGUUUGAUUACGAGAAGCUAGUUUCCGCCACCGAAGGAUUCUCUCCUUCGCGUCUCAUCGGCAAAGGAAGCCAUGGUUACGUCUACGAAGGGCUCCUCCACGAAGAAGACGACCACAAACGUCAAAGAGUCGUAGCGAUCAAGACACCAUCCUUGUUAUCAUCACGAUCACAACCAUCCUCAGUUAUAACAAAAACAGAACAAAUGAAGAAGCUAGAAGACGAGAUCAGCGUCAUGUCGUCUCUCCCUUAUAACCCACACGUCUUGACCUUCCUAGGCCACGCCGAGAAAAGACUCAUGGUCGUGGAAUUCAUGCCAAACGGAUCAUUACACCAGCUACUCCACCACGUGUCCUCCACUCCUCCUCCCACGUGGCUUAAACGCAUCGAGAUCGCGCUCAAGAUCGCACGUGCGGUUCACUUCCUUCACGAGCAAGACAUCCUCCACCGUGACAUCAAAUCCGAUAACAUCUUAUUCGACUCCAACUGGGAGCCGAAGCUCGCCGACUUCGGACUCGCCGUGGACUUAGCCGAGAAGAAGGUGCCGGCGCCGGCGGGAACCAUCGGGUACCUUGAUCCGUGUUACACGUCUCCGGAGAGUCUUAGCGCCAAGACCGACGUGUACAGCUACGGCGUCGUUUUGCUGGAGAUCGUUAGCUGUAGAAAAGCGAUUGAUGUCUCUCGCUCUCCGGCUUCGAUUGUAGACUGGGCGCUUCCGUUGAUCGAAGAGGGGAAGAUCGGAGAAAUCUGCUGCGGCGGCGGAGGAGGAGGAGGAGGAGGAGGAUCGGGUGUUUUCAUGGAAACGAAUCUUCGGUUGCUAAGGAUGGCGGCGCGUUGCGUGUCCUCCGACGUGGAGUCACGUCCGUCUUCCGGGGAGAUCGCGGCGGAGAUGGUGGCGUGUUUGACUGAACCUGUGAGGAGUUUGCCGUUAUGGGUCAGCUUCUUUCGCGGGGUUGUUAAGCUGAAACGCAGGAAAAAACGGUUGAGUGAGAGGAUGACGUGGCCGGGUCAAACUUGUCGCGUGCGGUGAGAUAUCGGGCCGGGUCUGGGCUUGAGAGGAUGAUUACAGAAACAACCAUCCAAACAGAAGAUGAAGAUUUGAUGACUGGUGAAGCACAGAAUAUAACAACAAAGCAUAUUAUUUGUCCUUUUGCGUUUUAACCAGACGAAGAUUACUCGUAAUAUAUCAUAUGUUAUCUGCAAUAUAACCACUUUUUUUUUUUGGA